GCCCCCCACUCCGUCAGCGGGGCCCCCGAUGGCAGUGGGCACCUCCCCUUGAAACCUGCCAAGCUGGACGCCACAGCCCUGCACGACCACACCUCGGCCAGCUCCUCGACCCUCUCCGAGGCCUGCAGCCAUGAGGUCCCAGCCUGCGGCCCCGGCAUCCCUGAAGAGUGCUAUGUGAGCGAGGCUGCGGAAGAUGCUCCCAGCUGCAGGGACCUCCGGGAUGCCUGCACCAUCACCGACGUGUGCAACAGCACCGACCUUCCGGAAGUCGAGAUCAUCAGCCUGCUGCAGGAGCAGCUGCCCCACUACAGGCUGAGAGCCGACGCCAUCUACGGCUACGACCACGAUGACUGGCUGCACACGCCCCUCAUUUCCCCAGACGCCAACAUCGACCUCACCACCGAGCAGAUUGAGGAGACGCUGAAAUACUUCCUUCUCUGUGCUGAAAGAGUUGGCCAGAUGACUAAGACGUACAAUGACAUAGACGCAGUCACGAGGCUUCUGGAGGAGAAAGAGCGGGACUUGGAGCUGGCUGCGCGGAUUGGGCAGUCGCUGCUGAAGAAGAACAAGACCCUAACGGAGAGGAACGAGCUGUUGGAAGAGCAGGUGGAGCACAUCCGGGAGGAGGUGUCUCAGCUGCGGCACGAGCUGUCCAUGAAGGAUGAGCUGCUUCAGUUCUACACCAGCGCCGCCGAGGAGAGCGAGCCCGAGUCUGUGUGCUCAACCCCGCUGAAGAGGAAUGAGUCAUCCUCCUCCGUCCAUAAUUACUUCCACCUGGACUCUCUGCAGAAGAAGCUGAAGGACCUGGAAGAGGAGAAUGUUGUACUUCGAUCCGAGGCCUGCCAGCUGAAGACGGAGACCAUCACCUACGAGGAGAAGGAGCAGCAGCUGGUGAACGACUGCGUGAAGGAGCUGAGGGACGCCAAUGUCCAGAUUGCAAGCAUCUCGGAGGAGCUGGCCAAGAAGACAGAGGACGCCGCCCGCCAGCAGGAGGAGAUCACACACCUGCUGUCGCAAAUUGUGGACCUACAGAAGAAGGCAAAAGCUUGUGCGGUGGAAAAUGAAGAGCUUGUCCAGCAUCUGGGCGCAGCCAAGGAUGCUCAGCGGCAGCUCACGGCCGAGCUGCGUGAGCUGGGGGAGAAGUACGCGGAGUGCAUGGAGAUGCUGCACGAGGCACAGGAGGAGCUGAAGAACCUGAGGAACAAGACGAUGCCCAACACCGCGUCCCGGCGCUACCACUCGCUGGGCCUGUUCCCCAUGGACUCCUUGGCCGCAGAAAUUGAGGGAACUAUGCGCAAGGAGCUGCAGCUGGAAGAGCCGGAUUCCCCGGACAUCACCCACCAGAAGCGUGUCUUUGAGACCGUGAGGAACGUCAAUCAGGUGGUCAAGCAGAGGUCGCUGACCCCUUCCCCCAUGAACAUCCCGGGCUCCAACCAGUCCUCAGCCAUGAACUCGCUCCUGUCGAGCUGCGUCAGCACCCCCCGCUCCAGCUCCUACGGCAGCGAUGGCAGCAGCGUGGUCCUGGACAACAAGACCAACAGCAUCCUCCUGGAAACCGAGGCAGCCGACCUGGGGAAUGAGGAGCACAGUAAAAAGCCGGGCACACCGGGCACGCCAGGCUCCCACGACCUGGAGACAGCGCUCCGGCGGCUGUCGCUGCGCCGUGAAAACUACCUGUCUGAGCGGAGGUUCUUCGAGGAAGAGCAGGAGCGGAAGCUGCGGGAGCUGGCUGAGAAGGGGGAGCUGCACAGCGGCUCGCUCACGCCCACCGAGAGCAUCAUGUCGCUCGGCACGCACUCACGCUUCUCCGAGUUCACCGGCUUCUCCGGCAUGUCCUUCAGCAGCCGCUCCUACCUGCCUGAGAAGCUGCAGAUCGUGAAACCCCUCGAAGGUUCGGCCACACUUCACCACUGGCAACAACUGGCCCAGCCUCAUCUUGGGGGCAUCCUGGACCCCCGUCCUGGUGUGGUCACCAAGGGCUUCCGGACUCUGGACGUUGACCUGGAUGAAGUGUACUGCCUUAACGACUUUGAGGAAGACGACACAGGUGACCACAUUUCUCUCAUGGGCCUAGCUACCUCCACGCCAGUUCAGCACCCGGGAACCUCAGGUGAGAGGUCCCGAGCACGUGUGGCUGUCUCAGGCACCAGAAGUCACCCCAGCCAGCCUCAGGCUGCCCCAGAGGAGAUGCAGCGGCCGCCAGCGCCAGCGGGCCUGGAGGACGAGGAAGAGGGGUCUGCGCACCACCCCGGGAAGUGCAUGUCACAGACCAACUCCACCUUCACCUUCACCACCUGCCGCAUCCUGCACCCUUCAGAUGAGCUCACUCGGGUCACGCCAAGCCUUAACUCGGCCCCGGCUCCAGCUUGUAGCAGCUCCAGCCACUUGAAAUCCACGCCAGUGGCCACACCAUGCACCCCCCGGAGACUGAGCCUGGCUGAGUCCUUCACGAACGUCCGCGAGUCCACAACCACCAUGAGCACGUCCCUGGGGCUCGUGUGGCUGCUGAAGGAGUGGGGUAUCUCGGCAGCUGUGUACGACCCCCAGAGCUGGGACAGGGCCGGCAGGGACUCCCUCCUCCACUCCUACGCCCCUAGGAUGGCCGUGAUCCCGUCCACGCCCCCAAACUCCCCUCUGCAGACGCCCGUGGCCUCCCCGCCCUCCGUGGAAUUCACAUGCACAAGCCUGAGCCCUCCCUACAGCAACUUCCUGGCCUCCAAGCCUGCCAGCUCCAUCCUGAGGGAGGUGAGGGAGAAGAAGCGCGUGCGGAGCAGCGAGAGCCAGACGGAUGUGUCCGUCUCCAACCUGAACCUCGUGGACAAAGUCAGGAGGUUCGGGGUGGCCAGAGCAGUGAACUCAGGGCGAGCCCACAUCCCCACCCUGACUGAGGACCAGCCCCCGCUGUGUGGAGCCACGGGGCCUGCUCAGGCUCUCGUCCCUGGGGGCCCGCUCCCUGAGGGCCUGACUCUGGGGUGCCCCAGUGGCAUCCGGCGGAACCGCAGCUUCCCUACUAUGGUGGGGUCCAGCGUGCAGAUGAGGGCCCCCGUCAUCCUCACCUCGGGCAUCUUGAUGGGUGCUAAGGUCCCCAAGCAGAGCAGCUUGCGGUGAGGCCAGGGUCCUGCCUCCAGAUCGGCGUCUCCUGUCUGCUCCCCGCCUCCUGUGCCCUCCGAGGACUGCUCCUGAGUUAGAUCAACCUUGUGCCUCGUGGGGAGAGCAGGACUCCGUGCAGUGUGUUCACAGGACGUGGGGACAGCGCAUCUGCUCUCCUCCAGUCCACAGGAAGCGACAGCCCUGCAAGGCUGCCCUCCCGUGCGGAUGCCGCCUGAGCUCACGGGGAAGGUGGUGUCCUUCCUUCCUUCCUUUUAAGAAGCAUUGAAAUUCCCAAGGCUGUUCCUAUCCCAUGGAUAGGGAUCUGGUGAAUUCUGCGUCAGACAGUCGGGUGGCACAUCCAGCCACCACGCGGCCCGGGCUCCCUUGCCCCGCGGCGGCCGCCCGCAGAGCUCCUGGUCGGCAGGGAGCUGUUCUCUCUGUUGUCGGUGGCAUCACGCUCUGUGCUGCGCUGCCCCGAUGACUGUCCGUCCUUCUCCUCGUCUCCGACUCGAAGUCACCCGGGGUUCGUCAUCAGCUGCCGGGCGCAGAGCCUGGCCCGAAAGAAUGUAUUUACACCCCGAUGCGCCGCCAGGCAGCCCCUCUGCGUUCGGUGUGAUGGAUUUUUUCCAUUUCUAAACAUUUUGUUUGCAGGGAAGUCUCAGUGCUGGCACUUUUUCAUGAUGUUCUAUGACACUGAAAUGCAAAUGGCGCACACACUAAUUUGCUAAUGAUAUAGCUCAUUUCUGGGAACCAGAGUCACAGCUGGGUUGAUGUCUGACAGUUAUCCCUGUAAGGAUAGGAUCAAGGGGAAAGGGGACAAGAUCGUUAAAUCCGUACACAGUGGAGGGGAGGAGCCGAGGCCGCCGAGGUACUCAGCAUUGCAUCAUGAGUCAGGGCGAGUCAGGCCUGAUGGCUGCUCGCCCCUCUCCCCUGUGAAGGGAGCUCAGGCCCCAUGUUAGAGCUCUGUAGCCAUUCCCCGGCUGCAUUUAAUUCUUGUUUUAAAAUCGGAAUAAGUUUCCUCCCCUUCCCCCAAGCCCAUGGUCUCCUUAUCCCAUUUCUGCCCAUAGGAAAAGAUCAAAGGUGCUUAUGGCUGGAAGACGUGUGAGCAAGUGAGUGGCCUGGGCCCGUUGCUGUCACCCACUCAGUUGUGGACUUUUAUUUAUUAUCUGUGUGCUGUAUUUUAAUCAGAUGCCGUCUCCUUUCCAGCUCCAGCCUGUGUGUGUGUGUGUGUGUGUGUGUGUGUGGAGAGAGAGAGAAAGCCCAGCCCAGGCAUCUUAUUUAUUUUCUUUUGUCUGAGGAUGGCUGUACAUCUGUGUCACCUGACCACCUGUCCCAGGGAAGGACAGCGUCCUGUGUACAAGAAGUUGUCAGAGGGACCCUCCCCACCCCAGCAAGUGUCUUUGAAUUGAGUGAGGGUCACCUUACGUCCACCAAGGAUGCUUUGAGAAGGUCCCCAAGCAGCAAGCUUCAGUCCCACUAUUUCAAACUAUUUAUUUUCCAAGCACGAGUGUGCUGGCUCGUCCUCCUCUCCGCUCUCCUGUGUGGCCGGAGAGCGCUCACCCCAGUAACGUACCUUUUUAUUUGAAUGUAUUUUAAAGCAGUAGCUAGAAUAGCAAGGGAAGAUGACAACCUUGGCUCUGAACGGACCAUGUCACGGGUUCAGAGGAGCCGCCCGUCUGCGCUGGAAACACCAUCGUCUAAAUGGCACUUCUGAGGUCGUGGCACUUCAUAUAGUUAGCAAACCGGCGAUCAGCAUUGAGCAACCACGCCCAGAAUGCGUGUUGUAAUGCAUCAAGAUCAAUAACAAUUUAUUCACUAAUGGACAUCAAUAAAACAAGCUCAAAGGAUGGA